UGGUUAUUUUGAUAUGUCUUAACUUAGGCCAGCACCACUCUGUCAUGACUUCUGCAAGUUCAGAAGUAAGUUAGAUGGGUAUUUGAAAGAAACGACAUUGAGUCUGCAGGUCAGUCGUUUCACCACAGGAGCUGUACAUAUACAGAAGACAAUGUCUGGAAGCUUCUACUUUGUAAUUGUUGGCCACCAUGACAAUCCAGUUUUUGAAAUGGAGUUUUUGCCAGCUGGGAAAGCAGAACCCAAAGAUGAACAUCGCCACCUGAACCAGUUCAUAGCUCACGCCGCUCUGGACCUGGUUGACGAAAACAUGUGGCUCUCCAACAACAUGUACUUGAAAACUGUGGACAAAUUCAAUGAGUGGUUUGUGUCAGCUUUUGUCACUGCUGGACACAUGAGAUUCAUCAUGCUUCAUGACAUGAGGCAAGAAGAUGGAAUCAAGAACUUCUUCACUGAUGUCUAUGACUUAUACAUCAAGUUUGCCAUGAAUCCCUUUUAUGAACCCAAUUCUCCUAUUCGAUCCAGUGCAUUUGAGAGAAAAGUUCAGUUUCUUGGAAAGAAACAUCUUGUAAGCUAAAUGCAGAAAACCUGAGAAUCACAGUGGGGUAUGCUCAGGAGUAUAUGCAUUGUGAGUAGCUUGAUAAAACAUCCUGGUAAUGGAUCUCUGUGAGUUUGAGGCCAGCCUGGUCUACUGAGCGAGUUCCAGGGCAGCCUCCAAAGCUACAGAGAAAUCUGUUUCAAAAAAAAAACAAAACCUGGUAAACUUCA